UACGUCGUUACGAGAAUAUUCUUUAUGGUAAUUACGACGUUUAUAAUCUGUCAAAUUUAUUGACAAAUCAUACUUGCUGUUAUCGAGAACACAAACAAAAGACGUAACGAAAAUUGAUAUAAUAAGUUAUUACGGUCUCAAGCUGGAUAAAGCUGUGUCAACUUUUACUAAAAUGGUUUCAGUAGCUGGCAAAAAUGCUGAACGACGUAGCAGAGUGUUAUUAGGAUCGUUGCCACCAGAUUUCUUACGGGUUUCAGCGACUGUUCAACAGCAACAAGAAGCAGCCGAUCAUCAAGCAGCCGUUGCACUUCAAUUGGUAGAAUCUCCAUAUGUUCAAAAUGCCGUAGGUCGUUUGAGUAUCACUGUAGGUCAAGCAAAAUUGGUAAAAAAUUAUGGUAUGACCAGAAUGGAUCCGUAUGUACGAAUUCGAGUUGGUCACUGUGUUUAUGAAACGCAUACUGACACAAAUGGUGGGAAAAGUCCACGAUGGAAUAAAGUGAUGCAAUGUCUUUUACCGCAGGGUGUAAAUAGUAUAUAUUUAGAAAUUUAUGACGAAUGUUCGUUCACCAUGGACGAAUUAAUUGCUUGGACUCAAAUUCAAAUACCGCAAAAUGUAAUGCAAGGUGAAACUCAUGAAGAUUGGUAUCCGUUAAGUGGAAAACAAGGUGAUGGAGCUGAAGGAAUGGUACAAUUGGUUCUUAGUUAUACAACUGCUGCUGCACCAGCAAAUCCGUAUCCAAUGUAUGCUGUUUCACCAUUGGUUAUGGUACCUGCUUAUGGUGCUCCUGUGAGAGCUACACCUCCUGUUACAGUUUAUACAACUCCAACACCCGUAAUGGGUGUUAUUCCACCAGGAACAGCAGUUGCUGCAAAUCCACAAGCUGUAGCUGUUCCACAAGGUGUGGCUGCUACUGCAGCUCCUCCACAAGCACCGAUUCUUAGUGAACAGGAAUUAAAACAGAUUCAAGAAAUGUUUCCAAAUGUUGAUAAAGAAGCCAUUAAAUCGAUAUUUGAAGCGAAUAGAGGUAAUAAAGAAGAAACAAUUAAUUCUUUACUUCAAGUUCAAGAGAAUUAAAAAAUAAAAAUGUUACAAGUUGUUAAUUUUUUUAUAUUUUUUUUUGUGCUAUUAAUAAUAUUAAUAUAUUAUAUUAUGGUAAAGAACUGAUAUAUGUAUAUUUAUGUGGAGGUGUUUAAUUGUUAGCCAUUUUAAUU